UUGGAGCGGAUCUUCGAGAGCUUAGAUAGAGGAUGUUAAACUCCGGCGAAACAUUCAGCUGGUAGAAAGACAAAAGGAUGGAGGGGAACAAAAAGUGUGAAGGAAUGAAUUAAACAACAGCUUGUUUCUGGGCUCGCACGCCCUCCCCACUCCUUCGAGGCGGCAGAACCGGCGUGGAGACAACAGGAAGCGCUGCGGCGGGAUUGGCUCGUUCUUGUGUCAUUGUGACCUGUUUAAUUCAGCCUCCUCCCCUCCACCACUCUCUCUCUAUCUCUCUCUCCGCCUCCCCUCUAUGGGGGGAAGCAGAUUAACACAGUGAGAGCCAUGUGGGCAGAAGCGCUCACCUACUCCAGACUGGAGAGUUCUGUCACAUCACUCCGACCUGCCAGGAAUUUUACCGCCAGCUUCCAAGAAAUGAAAAGUUUUUGUUACUUUAGCAACAUAGGACUGAUUAAAAAGAGCUUUUGUUGUGAAGUGGAGCUCCAUCUUUAUGCCGCUGUAAUCUGAUUGGCUGAUCUUUGUUGUGGGGAAACAGGCGGAUUGUUUUUUUUUUUUUUAUGCUGUUUGGACUUUUUGGGGUGUUUACUGAUUCAGAGCCUUUUAUUUUUUUUAAGGAAACUAUUUUUUGUCGUUAAAGUUUAUUUUCCUCCAUAUUUUUAAGUCUUCUCCAUAUUCUCCGCUAUGCCGAGCCCAGAGUCAUACGCUGUUAAAAGAGGCAAAAAGCAGCAACAUCGGCGAAACGAGAGGAAAACGGGUCAGAAAGGUUCUUUGUUUACAGCUGCUCUGGGACUUAAUGCCAGCGUGGGCUCACCCUCCUCCCCCGCCUCCACCUUCUGGCAACCAAUCAGAUCUUUUGCCCUUUCACAGCUCACGUCUCUGGUGCGGCGGGCCACCCUGAGGGAGAGCGACAUGGUGCCAAAGUAUGAGAAGGUCCACAACUUCAAGGUUCACACGUUCAGAGGUCCUCACUGGUGUGAAUAUUGUGCCAACUUCAUGUGGGGUUUGAUCGCUCAGGGUGUGAAAUGUGCAGACUGUGGGCUGAACGUUCACAAGCAGUGCUCCAAAGUGGUUCCCAACGACUGCCAGCCGGACCUUCGGCACGUCAAGAAAGUCUACAGCUGCGACCUGACCACGCUGGUCAAAGCCCACAAUGCCAAGAGGCCGAUGGUGGUCGACAUGUGCAUACAGGAAAUCGAAGCCAGAGGUCUUCAGUCUGAGGGUCUGUACAGAAUAUCCGGCUUCAGUGAGCUGAUCGAGGAUGUGAAGCUAGCCUUCGACAGAGAUGGGGAAAAGGCGGACAUUUCGUCGAACGCUUACGAGGACAUCAACAUCAUCACCGGCGCCCUCAAGCUGUACUUCAGAGAGCUGCCUAUUCCCCUCAUCACGUACGACGCCUACCCACGCUUCAUAGAGACAGCAAAGAUUACAGACCCAGAAAAAAGACUGGAAUCCCUCCAUGAGGCCCUGAAGCUGCUGCCGCCAGCCCACAUUGAGACGCUGAGAUACCUCAUGGCUCACCUCAAGAGGGUCACCGAUUACGAGAAAGAAAACCUCAUGCCCAGCGAAAACCUGGGGAUCGUCUUCGGCCCGACGCUGAUGAGGGCACCCGAACUGGACGCCAUGACAGCACUCAAUGAUAUCCGAUACCAGAGGCUGGUGGUGGAAACACUCAUUACCAAUGAAGACGUUCUGUUCUGAGAGAAACGGACCAAAACCAGCCUCCCAUUAGGAGGAGGCUCCGGAAACAGCCGACAAGAUGAAGGAGACUUGAGAUUUAGCGAUGAAGAAAAGAAGCGAAGGAGGGGUUUUAUUUAGAAAGAAAAUUAGAGGCUUUGGAUGAAGUCCAGGAUGGAAAGUUGGGUGUUUUUCCGUAUUUUUAUGUAAUCUUUUACAAUCAGCAAACUUGAAGACGAUAAGCAUGUGACAGCUGAAACUCUGAGCCUUGUUGGGUAAGAAUGAAAAACCGCGCGGCGGGGAAACACUGGGACUUAUUCUUUAGUUGUUUUUGUUUUGAAACGGAUGCCUUGAAAGUGUUAGCUCAAAUUUCUUUAGUUUUUCUGAUUGUUUAUUUUGCAAACGGACCAACCAAGAUAGGCUUCACAGAGGGGACUUCCAAAUUAAACUGUGCCACAAGAUCAUUCCUGUACGAUUGGGCCAUUUUUGGACGGUUAGUAAGAAAUCAGGAAAUUGUUUAUUUUUUUCUCUGUAGUGGUGAUGCCUGUUGGAUUUAAUCUUAUGUCGAUGGAAAGUCUGUUUAUUUGCCCUUUAAAUUGUGCCUCAUUUUAAUUAGGUGAGAAAUUAACCAAGUUUAAUUCGCUGAUGUCAAACAGGCUCAUUCUAGGUCUGGUUCUCCAGGUGAUUACAAUCCUGAUGUGUUAACAUGUGCACCACUACUGUUCUUUUUAUUCAUGUCUUGCUUUUUUUUUUCAAACCUCAAUCUUCAGAUCCAGGAAACAAACAAGAAAGAAUUUGCAAAUGUGAUUUUCAUAUAAUAAGGCACUAUUCAGUGGAAAAAUAACAGAUUUAGUUCCAAGACGAGUUAAAAGAAAGAAAUAACCAACUGUCUCUGUAAUGGAGUAUUAGGCUAUUGUGGAUAAAAGAAAAAAAAAGUACAUUUCUGACACACACAAAAAAAAAGACUUUUAAAAAGAAUAUCAAAAGUAAUACAUUUCCAUGAAAAAGGCAGAAUUUUCCUGAUAUUGCAUAGUGACAAAUUUGCUAAAUUUUCAGAAAUAUGUGAUUUAAAAUCUUAGAAAACAGUUUUUAAUUAUUUUUGUUGCAAAUUUCCGAAUUUUCAGUUAUUUAAGUGUUGAAUGUUUUUAUUUUUUUAGGAUAUUUAUACUUUUGAUGUAAAAUACUUGAUGUAAAAAAAUAGGUAUUCCUUCUUUGGGAAAAAUGUACAACUUUUAAAAAUUGCUAAUUAAACUUCAAGUUGUUCAUUUUUACUGGAGGAAAAUUUGAAUCCUUUUUUUUCUUUCAUCUACAAUGGCACCAUUAAAAAUUCCCUUUACUUUUUUUUCUUUCGAAACUGCAGCAUAUAUAUAUAUAUAUAUAUUUUGUAUUCUUACCAAUAAGACAAUGAGACGGUCACGUCUGUGUUCUGUCUGUACUAUGAAGGCAGUAUGUUUAUUUUCGUCUUCUCUAGGGAAGAAGCAGAAGUAGACAGCAAGAUGAAUGAGCACCAUCCGUUAUUUCAACCUUUUCUGUUUUAAUUUGACAUUUUCACCGUAAGCUGAACUUUAACUACAAGGCAGCCUUUUAAAGAAACCUUUGAGCCUCCUGUUACUGUCAUCCCACCAUUCCUGGGCCACAUGUUCAUGGGUUCUUUUUUUUUUGCACCAGAAAAUUAUUAUUUUUUUAAUGAUAAAUUAGCCUGAGCUUCUCACCCGACUGAAAUUUAGCUUGUUAGUUUGAUCAAGGGAUCAAACAUAUCCAGCAGUGACGAAGGUUUGAUCCAGCUAGUUCUAUCCUACCGGUCCAGUGCGGUUCAUAAUGUUUGUAAUAAGAAUGAGUUUUCUCAUAAAACUAACAUGCCACUUGAAGGCUUUUAUUUUUUUUUCUAUUUUCCCUUUUUACUUUUUUUUUUAUUGUUUUUACCCCCACUUUUGUCGGGGGAGGGGCUGUUAAUUGAAUUGAUAACAACUUAAAGAACUAAAGAGCAAAGCAGCCUAGUUGGAUAAUCACCAUGUUUUAUGUUAAUUAUUUCCCCUUACAUCGUCAAACCUAAAUACUAUGAUCUGAUUAUCCCUCUGAGACCUAUGGAACCUGCUUUUUUUAGCUUAUAAGAUGUCUUCUUUUUUUAUUGUCAUUGCUGUAAAGUAUUUUCUAUAUGGUUUAUGCAUGUUGUAAUUAAAUUAUUAAAUAAAGCUUUCAUGUCA